AUGGUGAAAACAAAAUCAGCUAACAAAAUGGCCAAAAAUGGGGGUAACACAGAUAGAGAGGUAGAUACAACUAAUGACUUUAGCUCAUUAGCAAGGUGCGCUGAUGAAGGCCAAGUCAUAGUAAUACAACAAGACAAACAGUAUGAAAGGCGACAGAGUAGCCAAGGGGAUGCAGAAAAUGUUGGUAUGACUGAACUAAAGGCAAUAUGGAAGUCAUUUACAUGGACAAACAGUUAUGUUUUUAGCAAAAUUGACAGGGCACUAGUAAAUGGAGAGUGGAUGAACAAGAUGCCUCCUAUUCAAGUUCAUGUUCUAGACCCAUAUUUUUCUGAUCACCCGCCCUUAUAUAUUGAAUUGGGAAGACAACAGAAGGCAACAACUAGACCAUUCAGAUUUAUGAAUUGCUUGGCUGAUGAUCCUAACUUUAGGAAUAUAGUAGCUGAUAAUUGGCAGAUAAAUACCAAUGCAAUAUACAUGAAAAAAGUCUGGCUGAAGCAUAUGAAACAAGCAAUGAAGGGCAUAAAUUCAAAGGAGUAUUCUGGGAUUGCUGACAAAAUUAAAGGCAUCAGGAAUGAGCUUCAAAUAAUACAACAACAGAUGAGAACUCCUAAUCAGAAUUCCCACUAUUUUGAAGUGGAAAAAGAGCUAAGAUUACAGCUGGAGAAAUGGGAUGUAGUAAAGGAAAGCAUUUAUAAACAGAAGUCUAGAGUCCAAUGGCGUAAUCUAGGAGACUCUAACUCAGCUUACUUUUUUGUCAGCAUAAAGAACAGGAGAGCUCAGAACCAGAUCAAAGCACUUACAAAUGCAGUAGGGGAUAUUGUCCAAAUAGAGAAAGGAAUAGAAGAGAAGAUACUAAACUUCUAUUAG